AUGACCGCAUGUAUGCGAUGCCAUUCCCUUCCCGCCGUCCCGGGCCAUCGAUUCUGCGGCCCUUGCGGUAGAGAGAUACACGCCGGCAACAUCCAGCGUUCAGGCCUUUGCAUGAAUCGCUGUGGCCGGAUAGCGAAGCAGGGUCACCGGUAUUGCAUUCCCUGCGGUAGUUCAUUUGGACGUUAG